GUGACGUCACAUACACUGCGGAAGACGGAAAUCCUGGCAAGUCUUUCGAAUGGUCGGAAGUGGCUGCGUGUUUAGCUUCUGGGGGUAAGGGUGCUGCGGAGGGACCUAACAAUCGCCUUCCCAAUCAGCAUUGAGGAGGGGGGAGAUGGAGGGAGCUCCCACUGCCGAAACGGCUUCAGACUUGCUGCCUUCGGCGCACGCGCACUUCAAGGAGCGACGGUAUGAGACGGCGGAGGAGCUGUACAGCCGCUUUAUUGAUAACUGCGCAUGCUCCGGCACCGGAUCCUGCCGUGAUCUGGCAACAGCAUUUAACAACAGGGGACAGAUAAAGUACUUGAGAGUCGACUUCUAUGAAGCAAUGGAUGACUACACAGCAGCCAUAGAAGCACAACCUGAUUUUGAAGUCCCAUAUUAUAACAGAGGAUUGAUAUUGUAUAGGCUAGGAUUCUUUGAUGAAGCAUUGAGGGAUUUCAGGAAGGUUUUAGAGCUAAAUCCCAACUUUCAAGAUGCUGCUUUGAGUUUAAAGCAGACUAUUCAUGAUAAAGAAGAAAAAUUAAAAAGGAACUAUUAAAAGUCUACUACCUCUGAAACAUUUUAUUAUGGAGACUGGAUUUUCUGGCAAAAUGAAGAGACAACUUUCCCUUACCACAUUUCUAUCAGAAAACAGGACCUCAAACAAGAUUUAUUGAAAUUUAACCUAUUUUUAAUGUAGAGUGCAUAAAAUUGUAUUAACCCUCAGAUUCUAUUCACUGUUUUAUAUUAAAUCUUUUAAAUUUAGUGUAGCUAAACAAAACUAAUAGUGAAACAUUAGAUUCAAUAAUGGUUGAGAAUUGAACCCCAGUCUCCAGGGUUGUGGUUCAAUGCUCAAGCCAUUACACUGGCUCACACUCAGAUGUUACUGAGUUACAAUUUCUGUCAUAUCUGAUCUUUGCUAGAACUGUGGCUGAGAUAGUGAUGCCUUUGCUUUCUGAUGGUUCAAUGUACACCAACUUACUUUCAUGUAAAAUUAUUAAAAAUGUAUAAAAUGAC